GUCUAGGACUAUUUUGAGGCCCCAGUAUUGUUCUUGAUUCCACAGCUUGAAACGGUAGACUUCCACAGGUCUACCACUCAGUGUGUGAAGAAGCAGACAUGGCAGAUGAUAUUGAUGACUUGCUCGAUGAAGUGGAGGAAAGUUUCGAAAAUUCCAAACUGAGAACUACAGACGUAAAAAGUGAGAGCGCCAAGACGGACGACCUUAAGGACUUACUGGAGGAGUUUGAACCCCCUCCUCGGCCCUUAAGCACAACUGACUCUCCCAACACCCUCGCCUCACAGCCAGGAGGGGGAAGUAAUAAGUGCAGCACACCUUACCUCAGUGGAACAACUCUACCUGAAGGCAUAUCAACAGGGACUAUUCUCAGGGCAUGUGACAAACUUCGGUGUGUUGACUGUGACUCGUAUGUAGUCAUGAUUGAUGGGUUUACCUGGACUAAGGAGACGAACUAUCUCUUCCUUCGCGAUAAUUAUCCCAAUGUCAGUCGUCUCCGUGCCCGUCUAGACUCACAGCGCGGCGUUCGUGCUUACGCCUGUCAGUGUCGUCAUCGCUCGGCUAAGGAAAAGGAGAGUGUUAACGCCGAGAAGAAUUUAAAAUGGGUGUGUGGAGGGCAUUGAUUUUAGGAAAGGGUAGUGUGACGAUAUUCCAUAAGAUUAAACAUUCAUUGUUCAUUACCGAUUUACUGGAACUAUAAUGGAAGAAGUCUUUUUAUACAGUUAUUUAUGGGAUGGUUUUAUGUCAUGUCUUAGGCCAGAUAUUAUCAGAAAGUGUUAAUCAAACUGUAGCAGAAUACAGUAUACCAUUUGGAAUACAGGAAAAUGUACACAAUACAGUUAAAUUAAUUAUACUGUACUUUCUUCA